AUGCGGCCUGACGACGUAGCCGAGGGCUUCAGACGCGGCACUGCGAAGCUUGUGACAGCGGCCCUCGCUUGGAGGGGGAUCGCAGGCACGCCACAGAAGAGCGCCUGGCCCCCCGGCACUGAAUUGCGGUGGGCUGGCGACGGAGUCGUGACCACAAUCUGCGCUCUAUGGCCGCUGCAGCUGAGUUUGCUGCUGCGUCUGGGGGCGGGGAUGGCGCAACGCGCGCCUGCCUGGCUGCCGCGAUCUGGCGGCGUCGUCAUCACGCUCGUCGGAGGCUGGCAGGCCGCCAUGAACCACACCGCCGCGGCGGACGUUCUGACCGCCGGCUCUGGCUCGAGGCCCGCGCGUCUGCAGGCCGUCUCCUUCGGGCUGGCGCGUCGUGGCAUCCCUAUGGCUGCAGGUGACGCCCCGGGAGGGCUUCGCGCGGUAUCGCUGUGCACCGACGCGCUUCGCGAACCGCUCCCAGACGGCGGCAUAAUGCCGCGGUGCAGCCCGUUCCCGGAGGCAGCGGGCCGCUUCGAGGACGGCGACGUCGGUUCCCAUCGCACCUGCACGAAAGGCGGCGACAUGCUGGCCUUUGGCACGCGCCAGGCGCUUGGCUGGCGGCUGCUCCGGCGCCACCGGAUUGGGAGAACGAGCACUUAUUUGGCCAGCUCUUACAUCUAA